GGACUUUUGAUGGGGAGGUUAGGGAGGACUUCUUGGAGGUAACCUUUGGGCUGAGCCCUGAGGAAUUGACUUGGGCAGAGCUAGGGGAACAGUGUUCUUGGUCCAGUGGGAAUGGCAAAUGCAUUCACCACUGGUAGCUUUUGAUCAUGCUGGGCUCAGGAGUUCCAGUAUUCAAGGGCCAGCCCUCAUAGAGUGGGCAGUCUUCUGGGGAGAGGGGAGACUGAGGUGGACUAGACACCGAGAGUCAUUAAUGGUAGCUGGUGAUAGGCUGGGAAGGCAAUUCACUAGGAGGCAUGACCAGGAGGGCCUCUUGGAGGUGGUGUGAGCGUCCCACUUUGCAGCUUGGAAGGCCUGACUGAGUGGCCCUGGGGCCUCGAUCCCUCCCUGGCCCAGAGGCUGCUGGGAAGGCCCAGAAAGCCAGCAGGCCAGGUCAGUGUUUCAUCCUGUUCUUCCCUGCCCCCCAUCCCCCAAGGGCACUUGGAGAUGUCAUUUCUGCAGCUCUCUGGGGCGGAGGUCACCCCAGCUCAGCAGAUAACACUGAAGGUUGAGCAAUGCCUGCCUUCCCCGCCAGGGCCAGGGCUGGGGUCAGUGGGCCGGGGGUUAUCCCCAGGCAAGCUGGGAGCUGUGGCCCGAGUGGCCUGGGCCAGGAGUGGCAGAGGGGUAAGCCCAAGGAGCCGCCCAAGUGGCCUAGGAAUGGGGCUGGAGAGGGCAGGGGGCCCCUUGAGCCCACUCCGCCCACUGUUCAAAUCCAGGAUGGGCCAUGGCCUGUUUUCCCAUCCGUGUCCCAGGAGUGGCAAAAGCGUCCUCAUGCCAGGGUGAGAAAAUUGAACCCCGGGUCCAGGCCCACCCUCAAUACAAAGUAGGGACUUGGUGACAAUAGGGGAAGUCCCUUCCCUCUCCGUGGCUCCCCGUGGGGUUUGGCCUGACACCUCCUCCGUCCCCAACCACCUCCCCCAGCCUCAGAAAUAUGUUUUUUGGCCUCAGGUUGGCAAAUAGGUCUUAGGGCACCCUGACAAAAGCUUUUGAGACUAGUGGGGGACAUGAGGCCAUGUGACCUUGGGUGUCCUAUGCCGGCCCCUCUGCCUUCUUUGCACCCUGGGAGGGGGGUGGCUUAUUUCUAAUGCACCUCCCAGAGUGGACUUCAAAAGUAAGCCUUGUGUUUGGGAGACUGGUGGAGACAGCAAUACAACUAAUAAUAAUAACUGUAACGACACCUUCAUGGAUGGAGCUUGAAGUGAAGUGACUUGCCCAAGGUCACAUAAGUGUGUUAGAGUCUAGCACCCCUGGCCCCUUCCACUUCCCUGGGCCCAUGUCAGGGUCAGGUGGGGCCAGAGAAGACCCAGGUGCCUUCUAACGGGGCGGCAGGUCUAGUGGGCGGGGCUAGGGGAGGGGCGCGGCCACCGCGGCAGAGGCCCCAGUGGAGUGCGCCGCAGAACUGACCCUCAUUCCCCCGACCAGGGUCCUUGUAUUGGAGGUGGCUUUAGGAGGGUUGUCUCCACCAGCGUGGAAUCCCCUCCUUCCAAGAGCCAUGGAUGGGGGCAAGUUUAGGGCGGGGCCGCACCCGAGGCGGAGAUGGGUCACCUCUUCAGGAGCCAGAGCCGGGGGUUGGGGUCUCCAGGAUCCGGCCUGGGGAGCGCCCCCUCGGAGGCGUUCCGGCUGGGCGCCGCGGAUCCUGAAGCCACCGCCUCUUCCAGCAGGGGGCGGGCGGCGGCCGUGUUUUGGGUGGGGGAAGGCGAGCGCGUUGCCCCCUCCCCGGAUCCCCACCCCCACCCCCCCUUUCCAGUACAGCCUCCAGCCCGGAGGGGGCGGUCCGGGGGCGGGGUCGCGCCUCCCCUUCUCGCUCCCAAUCCCGGGGCCUCCGGGUGGGGGUGGGCAGGGGGCGUAAGGCCGCCCCCCACCGAUCCGGUGGACCCCGGAGGGCGCACUCCUGGUCUUGGGUCUGGCCGUCGUGCCCCGCCGGCGCCCUCCCGGGGGUCUCGGGCAGCUACACCGCGUCCCGGCGGCGGCGGGAGGGGCCGGGGCGGCUGCCAGCGUGACGCAGCCGUUGCCAUGGGCCGCCUUAUAAAUAACCGGGCUCAGGAGAAACUUUAGCGAGUCAGAGCCGCGCACGGGACCGGGAACAGGACCCACGCGAGGGUCCAGCUGCCAGCCCCCGCACUAGUAGCGGCCACCCCGGCGGCGGCAGCAGCAGCAGCAGCAGCGACACAGCGGCGACAGUUCGGAACCGGGAGGCCGCGCCACCUGCGGGCCGGCCGGAGCGGGCAGCCCCAGGCCCCCUCCCCGGGCACCCGCGUUCAUGCAACGCCUGGUGGCCUGGGACCCAGCAUGUCUGCCCCUGCCGCCGCCGCCUGCCUUUAAAUCCAUGGAAGUGGCCAACUUCUACUACGAGGCGGACUGCUUGGCUGCUGCGUACGGCGGCAAGGCGGCCCCCGCGGCGCCCCCCGCGGCCAGACCCGGGCCGCGCCCCCCCGCCGGCGAGCUGGGUAGCAUCGGCGACCACGAGCGCGCCAUCGACUUCAGUCCGUACCUGGAGCCGCUGGGCGCGCCGCAGGCCCCGGCGCCGGCCACAGCCACGGACACCUUCGAGGCGGCUCCGCCCGCGCCCGCCCCCGCGCCCGCCUCCUCCGGGCAGCACCACGACUUCCUCUCCGACCUCUUCUCCGACGACUACGGGGGCAAGAACUGCAAGAAGGCGUCCGAGUACGGCUACGUGAGCCUGGGGCGCCUGGGGGCCGCCAAGGGCGCGCUGCACCCCGGCUGCUUCGCGCCCCUGCACCCGCCGCCCCCGCCGCCGCCACCGCAGCCCGCCGAGCUCAAGGCGGAGCCGGGCUUCGAGCCCGCAGACUGCAAGCGGAAGGAGGAGGCCGGAGCGCCGGGCGGCGGUACCUCAGGCAUGGCGGCUGGCUUCCCGUACGCGCUGCGCGCCUACCUCGGCUACCAGGCGGUGCCGAGCGGCAGCAGCGGGAGCCUGUCCACGUCCUCUUCGUCCAGCCCGCCCGGCACGCCGAGCCCCGCCGACGCCAAGGCGCCCCCGGCCGCCUGCUAUGCGGGGGCGGCGCCGGCGCCCUCGCAGGUCAAGAGCAAGGCCAAGAAGACCGUGGACAAGCACAGCGACGAGUACAAGAUCCGGCGCGAGCGCAACAACAUCGCGGUGCGCAAGAGCCGCGACAAGGCCAAGAUGCGCAACCUGGAGACGCAGCACAAGGUCCUGGAGCUCACGGCCGAGAACGAGCGGCUUCAGAAGAAGGUGGAACAGCUGUCGCGCGAGCUCAGCACCCUGCGGAACUUGUUCAAGCAGCUGCCCGAGCCUCUGCUCGCCUCCUCCGGCCACUGCUAGCGCGGCCCCCGCGCGCGGCCCCCUGCCGGCCGGCCUCCGCGCUGCUGGGCGCGCCGCGGCCGCCGAGACUCCGGGAAGCGCCCGCGCUCCCGCCCCCGCCCCUGGUGGCGCCGGCAAAACUUUGGCACUGGGGCACUUGGCAGCGCGGGGAGCUCGUCGGUAAUUUUAAUAUUUUAUUAUAUAUAUAUAUUUUUGUCCAAACCAACCGCACAUGCAGAUGGGGCGCCCGCCCGUGGUGUUAUUUAAAGAAGAAAUGUCUAUGUGUACAGAUGAAUGAUAAACUCUCUGCCUCUCCCUCUGCCUCCUCUCCAGGCGCCGGCGGGCGGGCCGGUUUCGAAGUUGAUGCAAUCGGUUUAAACAUGGCUGAACGCGUGUGUACACGGGACUGACGCAACCCACGUGUAACUGUCAGCCGGGCCCUGAGUAAUCGCUUAAAGAUGUUCCUACGGGGUUGUUGAUGUUGUGUUGUUGUUGUUGUUUUUUGGUCUUUUUUUUUUUUUUUUUUGUAUUAUAAAAAAUAAUCUAUUUCUAUGAGAAAAGAGGAGUCUGUAUAUUUGGGAAUCUUUUCCGUUUCAAGCAUUAAGAACACUUUUAAUAAACUUUUUUUUUUUUUU